GCCAGUGGGAACCCGAGGCUGAGUCUCAGCGGGCCCCGCAAGUUGGUCCCACCGAACCCGGACAACCCCUACGCAGCGGGUGACAACCAGACCAACGCCCAAGCUGCCCAGCUGUUCACCGGCAAGAAAUUGUCCGGGGUCAAUUUCGUGCUUUACGGGCAAUACUGCCCGGAUUUAAGUCAAUGCUUCGAGGUCAGCAUUGAUAACGCCAUCUCGAGUGCCCGAAUUUUCGGAGUGUGGGCAUUUUAUGCCGGUUAUGGAUACGGCGUGAAUGAUGACCUGGAAGUGUCUUGGGUCUGGGGGAAAGACUAUCACUACGAUUUCUCGGAACUGAAUGACAUGGUGUCGUCUUUGCGAUUCAUCGGACCGGAAAACGACUUUUUGGCAGACUCAAUAACGCUCUACAGCCAGGAGUACUUCAAAGCCUGGGAAUAUUUCGUGGCCACAGACAUGCAACGUUUGCCGGACUGGGAAUAUUUUGCCAAUUCUGCUGCCGUCACUGGAGCCUCACCCUGGACAAUUUACGAGUUUGACUUUUUCCAGGGAAAGAGCUUGUGCCUGUUCCCGGCUCCUGAUGGAAACCCAGGUCUGUUCCCAACAAAGCAGACAAUGGGAUUGAGUGUCAUCAUGUCAGUGAGGAAAGGCUGUUACUCGAAUGUUCGUCUUUCGCCGAUUCAGCUUCGCAAAAACCAAAUCACGUCGUCUAGGAACGUGACCAAAAGAUCGUUGGAUGUUCAACAGUGA